AUGGCUGAUGUGCAGAGAGACCAACCAGAUACUGCAGCCUCACGAUCCAAGAUAUAUGGCGUGCCCACAUCUCCAAACCGACACUCUCACAAACUCACAUCCGACUCGCACACAGUGGGGAAAAAACGACAUGAAAGUCACAACACUUCGUUUCUACCCCAGGUUGGUCCUACUGAGGCUCAUAUUCAUCGUGGAAAAAGCCAUCAGCAUCAUGAAAAGAAUGGACAGCUUCAUGAACAUGAUGCAAGUCAUGGAUACUCUUCUCAUGACGAUGACAGUGGUGAAGGGCAUCGCUAUCCGACAGACGCGUCUGCUCUAGCUGCAGAGUCUGGAGAUGGUGGCCAACCAGGAGGUCAAGAAGUAUGCACUCAACUAGCAAAACCUAAACGGAGUUUAUCUGCGCAUUCUAUUACUAUUGGACAUCAUACAGGUGGAGCAAAUGAAAAUAUCACAUUUGCAAAUAUCUCAAAAGCAUUAGCAACCUCUCAGCAACAAGCUGCUGCAGCCAAUGGCCAAUCGGAGCGGCUACGUAUUUUGUUACGUGAAAAGGAUGUUGAAACAAUGCGACUAAAGCACGAAAACAUAUUCUUAAAGCAGAUGGAGAGACGACAUCAAAAAGAUAUUGAGCAAUUUGAAGCACAAUCUCAAGAUGCACCAAGAUUGAUUCGUGGAAUGCGGGAGGAAAUAGCUAAUCUUAAACACAAGCUCAAAGUAUAUUUUUUGCAAAUUGGAGAGGAUAGCAGGCAAUUGAGGCAGAUUGACGAAGAGCGCCGAAGACUGCGAGAACAAAAUCAAAGGUUGGAAAAACUUGUGGCUGCCAAAAAUCUUGCUGAUUGUGACUCUCUCAACUCGCAAUUGGAAGAAGCCAAUAAAAAAAUAGCAGAUCUUGAUCGAGCCAACUCGGAUUUAUUAAAAAAGGUAGAGAUCACUGAAAAAAACUUGAUUAAUGAUAAUCGGCAGCUACGUGGAAAAGUGCAUAGUUUAGAAAGAGAAAACCAAUUAAUCAACGAUCGUACCAAAAAACUGGACUCUAUUAUUCACGAAAAAGACAAAAAGAUUGCGUCUCUUUCAAUCUAUAGAUACAAUAUUGUUCAUCAUAAGAACGAUGCAGUUUGUAAAGUCUGUUUAAAACGUGAAAAAGAGGAGACUGAGUUUAAACGCAAACAGCAGAUUCGUGAGGGAUUACCUAGCCCAAUCUCACCAAUUGUGGUCGUAACAUCUGCCACAUCGGUGCAGAUUACACUAUCAGCACCCUCACCAAAAAAUGAUAUACCAGUAUUGAGCUGGCUGAUGCUAUACUAUAGCAAUGAUCCAGCAAUGAGUGAACGUGCCAAAAGCAGGAGAGUUUCUGUUGAUAGUAGUGGUAAAAUUCAAGAAAAAGACAGAGUAUUUGUGUUGAAUGAGCUGGAGCCAGGCUCACAUUACUACUUCCAUGUCACCACUGGACAUGACGACGUUGAAAGCGAUCCAUCACGUCCAGAGAUUGUUUUAGUUGAUGCGAUCCCAUCUGCUCCAACUGCCAUAACAACGACAAUCAUUCUUUCCCCUCCUUCAAUUCGCAUAGCAUUCAAACCACCCAUGGAUACUACUGGAACAGCAGUUACAAAAUACAGAGUGUACAGCUCCUCAUCAUCAGCAUUUCACGAUCGUUUCCUUGUUCUUGAAACUGAUGCGGCAGAUGCCGUUGAAGAACAUGAUGGUACCAAGGCUGUGACCUACUACGAUCCACAAGUCUCGGUUCCACUAUACUUUAAAAUUGCCGCUGUAAAUACAAUGGGAGAAGGUCCGCUUAGCGACACAAGUUCUGAAACAAUUCUCGAUUUUCCGCCCAAUCAACCUAGUAAGCCAACUGUCAAGAAAAUUUCAUUAUCAUCAGUUCAGAUUUCUGCAAAUGUGAAACCCAACAAAGGAACACCCGUACAGUCUUUUGUUGUUGUGAUUUCCAAGGUUCAGUCACAAAUAUCUGGGCAAGCAACUGGAAAUAGCACUGAGCAGAUUCAAAAUAUUAACAAAGAGAUUGUUGUUCCAACUACUCAUGGACAUCCCAACGAUCUGCUUUACAUUAUUGAUAACUUGGAACGUGGAACAAUUUACAGAUUUAGUGUUCAAGCAAGUAGCUUUGGUGGGGAUUCUCCCAUGAGUGAACUAAGCGACAACGUGGAUAUUGAUGCUCUUAUUCCAACAUCUGGAGAUCCAACUAUCACUGUUUUAUCCCCUUCGUCAAUCCAAGUAGAGUUUCCAAGUGUUGUUCAUAUUGAGCAGCCCAAGCUGGAGGGCUUCAAAAUUGUUUGGAGCAUUGAUCCUGAUCUGCAUACUUUAAGUGGAGAAUGUCUAUACGUUUCGAUUUGCUUGAUUGGCAUGCACGAAGAAGGAAUGUAUUCAAACCCCAUAUUUGUACCGCUUGCAGCUGGGAUUUCACUUCCACGAUCACCGACACCGACACCAGAGUAUGAAGACAUUUUGAACAAGAGCCAGUAUUCGUCAAUAAACGCACUAUAUAAAACUGCAUCAAAAGGAUCCAUUCUUUCCAUCAGCCAACGAGUUGUUAAUAUGCAUCAUGGGAUGCCAGCGUAUCACGAUCCGCCUAUUGACGAGACAGGUAUAUCUCCACGAGGAUCCAUGGAUUUAUCACAUCGUGGACAGGAUGAUCAUGGACGAGAUUCAAAUGGAAAGCGAGUUGGUUUAGUCAAUCGAAGUCAGCGCAUGGUACCUGCACUCACUGGAAGCAAAUCCAGAUUAGGAAAAUCAACAGGAAACUUGCUUGUGGCAAAUUCACAUGAAAAAGGAUUUAAAUCUCUAUCGAGAAGCGUCCACAACCUGUCGUCUAAUGCUCAGCUGCUACAUCCAAAACUCUCCGAGCAUGAAACAAAUCAUUCUCAGCAGCUAAACUCUUUGGAGGGAAUCCCAAAGAACAAAACAAAAGUGUGA